UCCCGCCAUGCUCCUUCCUCUUCCUAUUUAUCAUUCCUCAUCCUACCUUCCUGGAAUAAAAAGAGCUUUGUUCCAAAUCUAUCAGUGUUUUAUCACAAUGGAAUACAUUAAGAGGCUGAUAGGUCGAGAAACGACAGCGGCGAGCUCCAACCCUCAACCGACAAGCUCCAAACCCCCGCAGCCGCGCAUCAUGGCGGAUCCACUGUUGUGUUCACGUAGUGAAACCGUGAGGAAGCUUGCUACAAUACUUGACGAGGAACAGGUGGUCCAUGUGAGAGGAACACCAGCCUCCGGCAAGUCUACCCUCGCCAAACUUCUCCACAGUCACAACAGGCAAAACCACAUACCAUCAGUCUUGAUACACGCAAGAGAUGCCGGCUUAACUUCCGUGACUCCAGACACUAUCAGGGAUACAGACGUUACCUUUCUCAUCGACGAGGCACAGAUGUCCUAUGAAGAUUAUGGGCUAUGGUUAGACUUUAUCAAGACCCAGAAUGGCCGCCGAUAUGGACCCAGAAUCUGCUUGUUUACAUCCUACGGCAGCCCCUCCGAGGGGCCAGACAAUUACCCCACUGGUAGCCCACUUACAUACCUGGGGGUCCAACAGCGAAUAUCUAUCACUCCAUCGAAGAUUAGAGGCUCUCCACAGAUCAGCCUCUUCUACACCCGGAGCGAAUUUGAUGACGUUGUACAACGGAUAUGUACGGAUGGUCGGCGGCCAGUCCCGCUUCAUCGUGACGCAGCGGAUUAUAUUUUCUCUCUGACUAAUGGUCACCCUGGUGCGGUUUACAGUGUGCUUGACAUGAUCUAUCAGGUGCACCGGUCGGAAAUCAAACAUGGGAAAAUCAGGGAGGUGGGAAAGGAUCAUAUAAUAACAAUGUUAGAUGACGAAGAAGAGUCUUUCCGCAUUCUUGGGCAAUCAGUGGUGAAACGGUCUUUUGUAGACCGACGAAGGCUCAGUCACCAUGCAGCGGACACUCUCCGAGAAGUCUUGAAGAAUGGAAGCGUUCAGCGUGACCUUAGCAAUGACGGCAUUAGGAAUUGUUAUGAAUCUGGAUGGUUGCACUCGGAACCGCUUGAUGCCGAUGCGAGCAGUAUUGUUUGUGUAUUCCCAACAAGACUGCAUGCUAAAUACGUUGAACAUUAUCUCACCGCUUCUUUGGUGUCCUUCCCCAUACAGAGAUACCCCACCAUUGGAGAUCUGUCGGAAGCAGCCCUAAGGCGAUUUUCGCUACGAAAUCUCUCCUCUAUAACACGAGUAGGCACUGGGGCCGUUGUCCGGCCCGUUGAAGCUUGUUAUCAAGACGAAUUUUAUCGGUGUUUACAUGAGGUUCUUGGGUUCUCGUCAAACGUCUCCAGUGAAUGGUCUGGCGGUGGCAAUGGCCGCAUUGACUUCAGAAUUGCUGACCUCGCAUGGGGUAUUGAAUUGUUACGAGAUGGAGAUAGAUUGGACGCCCACUGCUCCCGAUUUGUAGACAACGGAAGUUACACUCGGUGGAUCGAGCAAGGCGAAUUGCGUGACUGGUUGAUCAUAGACUGCCGGACUUCACCUCCUCGCCCUUACAAUGUACCGGGUACGAAGCUUUGGAGGGCUGUGUUUGCGGUGGACUUCUCUUCCAUUGAAGUCUUGGAUGCUUCCAACAAUGUGGUCAUUCCUCGGUUUCCGUUGAUGUCUUAGCUCCACUACUUGUUUAUCCAAGGAAACCGUGCGUUGUAUCCUUUGUUGAUCAAUGGGUAUUAUUAUAUUCUGACGACACUCUUCUUGAAACAAUCCUUUUAUAUCCGUCUUACUGUCUUGUUAGUUAUAUACUUAAUAAGAGGAGAAACCCCAAGUCACGCAAGUCUCA